CCUCUGGCAUUGCCCUUCACUUGUCGCUCGAUACCUAAAAACAGCAAUCCGAACCUGGUCGAAGGCUGCACAGACUAAGUCUCGCGAAAAGUUCUCCUCUCGCUUUUGUAGCUGCCGACCCCGAGCGGCCCCUCUUUGGCUCUGUCCUUGCAACGGCCGGUUACUUUCGACUCGAAAGGUGUCAUUGACGGUCCUGCCUGCUCAAGCAGGCGUUUUCCGGUUGAAGUGCGCAACACCCAAGGCACGUUUUCCCAGCCGCGCGACACGCUUCAACCCGCGGCACGGCACGGCGUCAUCGUUUGCGUAACCACAGGCUCUGCCAGCUUUGUCAGUCCUGCCGCCGCGCGCCUCAAGUCCAUGGACGCCGCAGUCAGCUCUGCAGUGCGUGUGGCCGCUGCGCUCACCGGCAGCCCGGGCGCAGCAGCGCCGGCCGUGGCCCCGCCAACACAGCAGGGUGCGGCGCUGGUCGACCGGGUCUGCGCCUCCGGCAGCCUGGCACGCGGCACCCGCGCCGGCUCUGAUGCGCGGCGCCCUAUCGACAUCACAGCAUUCCUGAACGUGGACCUAGAGUUUGGGGCGCUGCAGGCGCCGGAGGCCCUCUCCCAGCUGGAGGCGUACCUGCGUUCCAGCCUGUCAGGGGAUGGCGCCGGCGGGGGCUCACCGUCGGAUGCGUCACCGGCGGCAGCCGUGGUGCGCGUGCUUGAUGCGGAGUGCCGCGGCGGCCUGUGGGCCGAGGUCGCAUUUCCGGCGGCGGCCACGGGAGCAGUCGCCGGCGCAGGAGGGGGUGCGGGCACUGGCGCAGAGACGGCAUCGUCACCGGCAGUGGUGCGCGUGUUUGUGGUGGAGAACAAGAGCUCCAUCGUGGCGCCGGCCGCUUCGGCACUCGGGGCGGGGUUAGCGCCGCAGGCGCAGUCCCUGGCGCCCGCUGCGGUGCUCAGCCAGCUGCUGCGCCGCACCGACACAGAAUCGGACAAGGCGGCGCAGCAGCAGGCAGCAGUCUUGCACGCGGCGGAGCGGCGACACAAAUCAGCGGUCAAACGGGCUGCGGCGGCGGGGACUGGCGGCGGCGCCGCUGCAGCGGCGGCGGAGGACUGGCCGGACCGGCUGAGUUGCGGCGUGGACGAGGCGCGAUGCCUGUUCUGGCGGCGCCAGCCGUAUGCAGCGCUGCACGCAGCUCGGGCCAUGCAUGACGCCUGGGAUGCCGCGGUAAUGGUGGCAGCAACCGAGGCCCAGCAGGCGGUGCUGUGGGAUGACGCGGUGCUGCACCUGCUGGACGUGGUCACGCUGUGGGCGGCGCUGCAAGAGGGCGGAGGAGGUGACGAGCCGGCGGCGGCAGCGGCGGGACAGGCCGACAGCAUCGCCGCCGUCGUCCGCAAGGUCUUUGCCACGGUCGCGACCGCACCGGACGGCAGCCGCAGCACAGCGCCUGCGCUGCGUGUGUGCCUGUCCGGGGGCCUGUUGGGAGGCGACGCGGCAGUGGCAGAGCCGACGGCUGGCCCCGCAGAAGCGGCUGGCGGGACUGUGGUGGUGGCGGAUCCGUGCCUGCCGUGCAUGGACUUGUUCGGCAACGCGUGCCGGGUGUUGCAGUCGCCGCUGGGGGCGCAGGCCGGCGCAGGGGCGGGUGCGCAGCUGCUUGCGGCUGUGGCUACCGCAGGGCUGGCCCAGCUGCAGGCGUAGGCCAGGAGGGUGCUUUGUUGGCCAUGCCUGCUAUGAGGCUGCAUUAUCGGUGCUAUGAGCGGUGCUGUGGUGAAGCACAUGCGGAGAGAGUACAUUAUGGUUCAAGGGCGGACCGUGGACGGCAAGCCAAUGAGCACUUGUGCUCAUAAGUAGUGCUGUAAGGUAGCAUUGUUGGCAGUUGGCUCCGUACCCUUCGCACUCCAUUGAUCUGGUCACGCGGUCCAUUGAGCUUGAGGUUGGCAGUUGCUGGGGCUCGGUCUUACAUGGUUUGGUGUCUGCCAGGAAGUUGCUUUGCAUCAUGCAGUCAGGCGUCUGCGCUUUGGCAUGCAGCGCCAACUCAGGUAAACGCAUGCGACGGUUUUGGGCGCACGGCGCAUCGGGGCUAAGUCUCUUUAGUCUUCGAAUGGAGGACGGCGGUGGCAAUGCACCGUCAUGGGUUCGAGUCCAUACAUGUGGCCCCACUACCUCCUUUCAGUUUGGAGGCGCAAUAGGCAAACACGUGGAAGGCUUAGGAAAGUGUUGUUGCCCGUGACUGUAGCGUCGUGACUACAAACAAGGGUUUCUUUGCCAGUAAUACCUGAAGCCAAGC